GAAAUGAUGAAAACUAAAUUUGCGCUUCUACCAUUGCUUACUCUGAUUCCUCUCCUUAUAUUUUGUUAUUGGAUCUCUGAUAUCUGCCUUCUGGAAGCUUAGUAUUAUACAGAGGAAGCUUUACUUAUCAGGGAGAUUAUUGAGGAGCACCAAAAGGAUGUUGAAAAAACAAAGGGGCAUAUAUUUUUGGAUGUUCCUUAAAAAAGAAAUAGUUUUCACAAAGUUCCAUCUUUAAGAGCCAAAUGUAAAUUGUGUGCGCGUUGCUCUUUCAGUGAUUUAGAAGGGUGAUGCUUUGAUUUGUCUUUUAGAAAAGUUGAGCCUCUAACGGGUAGGCUGGCUUGUUUGCUAGUAGAAAGAACCUUGAACUAAUGUUGAUCCAAGCUAGUGAUUUUGGGCAUUAUGCAAAUUUCAUUUCAUAUGUGGUUCCCACUUCUCUGUGUUUUUUGUCAUGAAGUUUGUUGUCAUAACAUCUGCUUCCGAGUUCAUCUGCAAUUCAACGUUUUCACUUCAUCCAACUGCUCAAGUUGAUGAUCAUGUUGACACGUUUGAUUUAAUAUACUGACAUACUUAAUCGGUUUAGUCAACUGUAGACUGCCUGAUUAGUUAAUUCCUGGUUUGUAAGGUCAAGAAAACAAGUCUACUGUUUUCAUAUUGUGGUCCAGUAUGACUUAUGUGUUAAAGCUGUUUACUUUUAGAAUUAGUGCAUGGGCUUCUAGCCUUUGGAACAUCAUUUUGCUGGAAUUAUGUAUUUAACUGGCCAAAAAAGAAAACCUAGAUUGCGUGCAUAUAACAUGGUUGGAAGUUUUGUUCUGCCUUAGUUUCUCUUUUUGGACCAUGUUUCCACUCGGUCAAGGAAUUUGAGAAAGUUGGAGGCUGAGUGGUAGAAGGUCCUUUGAAGUCAUUGUCCUUGUAAUGGCAGGACUUAUUUCAGCAAGAAACUGUCUGCAGACACGAGAAAAUAUUACUAUAGAGAUUUCGGAAGGAAUCGGUAAAGUUACUGUCAUGUGACCAGGAGGUUACGAGUUCGAGUUGUGGAAACAGCCUCCUGCAGAAAUGUAGGGUAAGACUGCGGACUUAGAUCCUUGUGGUCCGACCCUUCCCUGGACCCUCCGCACAGCGAGAGCUUAAUGCACUGGGCUGCCCUAUUUCAGUAUGGGAGGGUCGAUAUGGUACUCUUAAACCUGGAGAAACAAUGAUAUAACACUUAUUUACUUAUUUUGUAUCAGCAUGCAUUUUCUGAGGAAAAAUUUAUGUUCUGGUAAAGGGUAAAAAAUGAAGGAAAAUGCUAGUGAGUAGUUGAUGUAUUGCCAAGAGGACGAAGAUAUGUACAGGGUUCUUUGUCCACAUAGCAAUGGAAUACUUAUUCACGUUUUGGACCUGUUUUAUGCUGUACAAGGAAUAUGGUAGAGUAGCUACGAUGAGAUUAAAAUUUUUGGCUUCACAAGACAGGCAUGCCGAACAGUUCACGGUUCUGGUUAGGAAUGUUCCUUAUGAAUCGAAACGCACAAUAACAGAUAAUGUUGAAAAUUUCUUUAAGAAGAACCAUCCAGACCACUAUCUUUGCCACCAGGCUGUCUACAAUGCCAACAAGUUUGCCAAACUUGUCAGAAAAAGGGCUAGGCUUCAAAAUUGGCUGGACUACUACCAGCUUAAGUUUGAACGAAACCCAGAAAAGAGGCCAAUAACAAAGAAAGGCUUCCUUGGACUUUGGGGUGAGAGAGUUGAUUCCAUUGAGUAUUACAAACAGCAGCUUAAGGAGUUUGAUAGAAGAUUGACAAUGGAACGUGAAAGCAUUCUCAAGGACUCAAAAUCUAUCAUGCCUGCUGCCUUUGUAUCGUUUAAUUCAAGAUGUGGGGCAGCUGUUUGUGCACAAACACAGCAAAGCAAGAACCCAACAUUGUGGCUGACUAAUUGGGCCCCUGAGCCACGAGAUAUAUAUUGGAGAAAUCUGUCUAUAUCUUUUUUUUCUCUCACCCUCCGCAAGCUUUUGAUUUCUGUGGCAGUGUUUGCUUUGGUAUUCUUUUACAUGAUUCCUAUUGCCUUUGUGCAAUCGUUGGCUAAUCUGGAAGGUUUAGAAAAGGUUGCACCUUUCCUCAGGCCACUUAUUGAAUGGAAGGUUAUCAAGUCAUUUCUACAGGGUUUUCUUCCUGGUUUGGCUCUUAAAGUAUUCUUGUUUGUUCUUCCUGCCAUACUGAUGUUUAUGUCAAAGAUUGAGGGACAUGUGGCAUUAUCAGUGCUUGAGAGGAGAACAGCUGCAAAAUACUAUUAUUUUAUGUUGGUCAAUGUAUUCCUCGGGAGCAUAGUAGCAGGGACAGCUUUCCAGCAACUUCAUGCAUUCCUUCACGAAUCAGCUACCCAGAUACCGCGAAAUAUUGGGGUAUCAAUACCAAUGAAAGCAACUUUCUUUAUGACAUAUAUAAUGGUUGAUGGUUGGGCUGGUAUUGCUGGUGAAAUUCUCAGAUUGAAACCUCUGGUUAUUUUUCAUCUGAAGAACAUGUUCCUUGUGAAAACUGAAAGGGACGUGGAGAGAGCAAUGGACCCUGGGAGCAUAGAUUUUCCCGAGACACUUCCAAGUCUUCAACUAUACUUUCUUCUGGGAAUAGUAUAUGCUGUGGUUACUCCAAUCCUUCUUCCUUUUAUACUGAUCUUCUUUGCCUUUGCUUAUCUCGUUUACCGUCAUCAGGUAAUCAAUGUGUACAACCAACGUUAUGAAAGUUGUGCUGCGUUUUGGCCCCAUGUUCAUGGGCGCAUUAUAGCUAGCUUAGUAAUAUCUCAACUGCUUCUGAUGGGUCUGUUGAGCACAAAGAAAGCUGCAAAGUCCACUCCGUUCCUCGUGGUGUUGCCUGUUUUAACCUUAACAUUUCAUAAGUAUUGUAAGAGUCGAUUUGAACCUGCAUUCAGAAAGUAUCCCAUUGAGGAAGCAAUGGAAAAGGACUUGCAAGACCGAUCUUCUGAAUCUGAUGCCAACUUGAAAGCAUACUUGGCUGAUGCAUAUCUACAUCCUAUUUUCCACUCAUUUGAAGAGAUUGAACUGGAGGACGUUAAAAUCGACCAAAAGCCUACUCCUCACAGCCCCAGCCCCCCACUGAGUGAACUCAGUUCUCCAUCACCAACUCAUGAUGCCAAAGACCAUAAGGAAGUCGAGCCAUCUGGGACGUCUCAAACAUCUCACAACGUCCAGCACUAUGAAGUCGGACAACCAGGGGACUUGUUUCACUAUGAAUAUGAACAAACCAGUCAUGUAUAUCACUAUGAUUACCAGUCACAGUAUCACCACGAUUCGCAAUAUCAACAUAGCGGAUAUCAUUAUUGAAGCCAGGUUUAAUCCUUAGUUUGAUUGAUGUUUAGCAGCUUAAUUGCCUUAACCACCUCACUUAAGACCAGUUUAACAUUUUGCUAAACAGGUCAUGCCCUUCUAGUUGUAAUUUUUUUGUCCACCAGUGUAAAUGCAUUUUAGUUUCUUUAAUUUUCUCACAAGUUUUUUGAGAUGUUAAUACAUCUUCUUUGUUUCUGUGUCGAGCUCGUUGUACCAGGUAGUGCGGGUUACCUCUUUUCUGUGGUUUGUGAGCUAUUGCAUAGGCAUGAGGUUUUAUCCUGUGCGCACCCUUUAGGGUAGCAGCUGCGGGUUUUCCUUGUCAUAAAAAAAAAUACAUAUUCUUGUUUUCUCUUUGUUUGUUAAGAAGAUGAAAUCUAGGUGAAGUAGGAAAGUCUUAAGACCUUGUAAUGCAGGUGUGAAAUAUAAAGGUGUAUCAGCGGAAUUUUAA